AGCUUGGGGUCAGGUUGUUAUCCGCACAAGUGCGUGUGCACCCUAACUCGCGAUGUUCAAAUCACGAUUUUCGAAUCAUGGACCAUAGUAUGAAAACAUGAUAAGUGGAUGGCAGCGUACGGUAAAGUGCAAUCGUAGAUUUAUUGACUUUAGUUUUUGAGAAAGUGAAAAUAUAGGAACCUCAUUUAAGUGGACAGAUAAACAGAAUGCACUGUUAUGUAUUUUUCUGACAUGUAUUGUGGAUAAUUGUGCUAUGUGUAUGUAAUAUACUAUGUGCUAUUAUGUGACUUGUGGCAUAUUAACUUAAUGAAGGGUGAUAGAGAAGAAACUGUUUACUUCUUGAGAUAAAAGGUUCGGCAGAGACAGCUUGUUUUCAGAAGACCUCGGGAUGAGUUAGAGAAACAUGUCAUCUAAACGCAAAUCGCCGCCUUCUAAAUUGCAAGACGGAGCUGCCGACGAAAAACCAGAGGCUGGCCCAGCCGACUUCGACCACGAGUCCGACGACCCGGAGCAGCACUUCAAGCUGUCCCCCUGCUCCUCCACCAGGACCUCCAUCAGCGAAGAAGACCAGUUUGACGAGGAGCGACCGACGAAGAAGCAGCGGUUCGAAAAUCUAGACAUGACAAACAACCUUCUAGUCCCAUCGUCGUUAUUAGGGCUCCACCAAGUCAGCGAUCUGAACAGACGGCGGGGCUCCUCAGAAUGCAGCAGCCCAGGUGCUGAGGCCAAGGUGUUGGGACUCUGUAACAAUAAUAACUCGUUGUUGAACCACAACAGCGCUUUGUCGCUUGCCGCGCCGCACAAGCGGUCGAUGGAUGACGUGCUGAAGCGGCUGACUUCUAAAAUGAAUAACAGCACGAUCAAAGAAGAGAAGAGGCCUACGCCGUCGACGACGCCGGUUAAACAGAACAACGACCGGAGGGGCGUACUCGACGCGGCGGCUCUGCAAGCGCUGGCUGGCGAGAGCGUGCUGGAGAAAGAGAGGCAGCUGUCCGAGAUGAUUCUUCAGCUUCAGAUGGUGAGAGAGCAGCUAUUGGCGCAGCAGGAGCAUGCUAAGAACAUCGGCAAUGUGACGGCCGAGCUGGAGAUACAGAGACUGCAGCAGGAGCAGCUUCGGAGGCAGGAGAUGGUUCGGCGCGGGCAACAUGGGAUGUACCCGGGGCCGCCGCUCGCGCUGCUGCCUCUACUGGAGCAGAUGAGACCGCAGCCGCCGCCGGCUCCUCCAAACGUAAGUCAGGGGACUGUAGACACUGAGCAGCAGGAGCUGGUUCGGCUUGGGCAGCAUGAGAUAUGA